AAAUAGAAGCGCUCCCUCCUCCCACUGUCUGCUCAAAGCAUGGAGAGCGAAUGCCGCGGUUAGCGGACCUUCACACUUACUCCAGCAUCCCUGCAACUUCAGCCAUGACUUUGCUUCACUUCUCAACCCUUCUGGCGGUCGCUUUCCUGGCGCGGGCUCAGACGCAGCUUCUGCGGGGCUCCUGUAGUUUUGAGUCGGACAGCUGCGGCUACACGUCCGAUCCCGCUUAUGCUGCCUGGACCAUCAACGACGAAGGCCGCUUCAUUACAGCAGAGUCCUCAUCUUUUAGUGAGAAAGAGAAGUAUGUCCUGGUCAGCCCGGAGCUGGAGCUCAGAGACUGGAGCUGUGUGCGGUUGGUCUAUCAGAUCUCAGGCUCAGGCUCUCUUCAACUGCACUUACGACCCGAGGGUGAGAACUUUGACUACAAGUUAUGGACAACGGAGAAACCUUCAGACAGUUGGCUCAUUGCCAGCGUGGACGUCCGUAAUAUGUCUGGGGCUUACCAGUUAUUAUUUGACGCUGAACCCAGAAGAGGAAUGGGAAAUAGUGUUGCUCUUUUCGAAAUACACAUCAUCCCUGGAUACUGUAUAGAGUGCAACUUUGAGGAGCACCACUUGUGUGGCUACAGUAAUCAGUGGAAUCCCAAUGUGAACUGGUAUGUGGGUGGGAGUAUGGCUCGGGACCCUCAGUCAAACCUUCCAGAUGACCACACCAUGAACAAUGAGAGAGGUCACUACAUGUAUGUGGACUCAGUUUAUGCUAAAAGGUUCCAGGAGGUGGCCAAGUUGGUGUCGCCAAUGACGACCACUUCAAUGGCAGGGUGCUUGACCUUUUACUAUCAAAGGGACCAAGCCAUUGGGAAUUUCUUUUCGGUCUUCACUAAGGAUCAGCUGGGCCACUAUGAUGAGAUAUGGAGGCCUGAUGUGUAUGCAACAACAGAUUGGAAGUUAGUUCAAGUGGAUAUUAAGGCACCACAUUCUUUAGAGGUGGUGUUUGAGGUGGCGUUCAACAGUGCUCGUGGUGGCUACGUUGCUUUGGAUGACAUUUCGUUCUCCCCAGAGUUUUGCCACACAGAGACAGAGCCAGCGUUUGACCCCUCUGUUGCAAACUGUGAUUUUGAGGAAGGCCUGUGUCAGUAUUAUCAGGAACAGACCGGAGGUUCAGUGUGGAACAGGGUCUCUGUGAAUCCAAAUGUUUACCGCAUCGGAGAUCACACUGCAGGCACUGGGUCUUUUCUGCUGGCCAACACUCGUCAUACCUCUCGUCCAGGGUAUGUGGGUCGUCUUUUUGGACCGUCCCUACCAGGGAACCAUAAAUACUGCCUCAGGUUCUACUAUGCCCUGCAUGGCUUCAUGAAAAUAGAUAAUGCUCUGGCUCUCUAUGUCUAUGAUGAAGACAACAUAGCUCAGGAGAAAAUCUGGACCGUGUCUGAGAGGUCUAAAGAUGUUUGGACAGCGGUGGAAGUCACAUAUCUAAAGCCAAUGCCUACUAAGGUAGCAUUUGUCAGCAUCUGCAGAAACUUCUGGGACUGUGGGCUUGUAUCUCUCGAUGACAUCUCAGUGACCCUUGGAGACUGUCGGGUUGCUACAGGCCCCUUGAAUCCACCUCCUGGACAUUGUAACUUUGAAACUGGUGACUGCGGCUAUACCCAGAAAAAGAAAGAUAAAAGAGCACAUUGGUUCCGGAUCAGGGGACACACACCCACGUCUUACACAGGGCCCAAGGGGGACCACACCUUAGGGGUAGGCUACUACAUGUACAUUGAGGCAUCUCACAUGUUACCCAAGCAGUCGGCCCGGCUCAGGUCCGCUGAGCUGAGGGGUUCAGCUGGACCUCAGUGCCUGAUCUUCUUCUAUCACAUGUAUGGCUCGGGCACAGGAGCUCUGAACGUCCUGCUGCAUAAGGGAGACAGGGAGAGACUGCUUUGGACCAGACAAGGAGAACAAAGUGUGUCCUGGAUGAAGGCCAUGGUGGAUUACGAGUGUUACACAAGGCACUGGAUUAUAUUUGAAGCUGUCAGGGGAUCUUCUAUAAGGAGUGACAUUGCAAUCGAUGAUAUUGCGUUUAAAAAGGGACCAUGCAAUGAUCCUGGAGACAGCAUCUCAUACUCAGGAUUUUCAGAAAAUUUGAAUGAAAUUGAUUACUGAGCGAGGCCCAGGAAUGCUGACAUGUGUUUGUUUUUAUUUGUGUGUCACUGGGGAUGGGGAGACUGGGCGAGAGAAAAGAACGUUUGUUACCUAGACUCAACAGUGUUCUGCAGAGUCUGCCCAUGCAUGGCUACAUGGAAAGACACACGCUUCAUUGUUCUUUUAUAGGUGGUAUGAUGUGUCUAGUUGUUGAUAUAGCCUGAUAUUUUUUGGAUCACUGAGACAGCUCGGGAACUGUCUUAUUUUUAUGUAUUAGAGAACAUCAGAAAAUACUUUUAAUUUUUGAAAUGUGUCGACAUUGCUUAGCAGCAUGCUGCUAGGUAGCAAAAACAUUCAGAUUUCUAUUUGCUGAGGUGAACGUUUUCUUGUUUGUUCUUACACUGAUCAGUGUCCGGGAUGAUAACAGGUUUGGGCUAAUGACAAAGUUCAGGUCAUGGUUUGUAUACAUUCUCACCCACAGUGUUUCAUUUAUUAAACUUUCAAAAUAUUAAACUUUUUAAAAUAAAAAAAACAAACGUCUUUGUAAGUUCUUGUAGAUUCCCAUCAGAAUCACAAUACUGUAAACAUUCAAAUAUCAGCCUCGUGCAGUCUCGCCUCAAGGCUUCUAGAAAUACAAGUGAAGCUUGCUUUUUUUUUACAUUAAGAAAAAGCAAUCUAAAAUAUUUUUUAGUCUUAUAAUUUACUGCCAUCUUGUGGAAUGAAUGUGAAUUGAAACCUUGUUGAACCAUUUUUCGAAAUUAUAAAAAAAUACCUUAUUAGUAUCCUUCUAAACGUUAACUUAUACUACUAAAUGUAUUUUAUUUUAUAUGACAUACAUAUAUUUUUUCCAGCUUGUAUUCCGUACUCUUUAUGUUUUGUUCUCAUCAAAUAAAAGAUAU